AUGCAGUCUCUGUUCGGCGGCGGCGAGCUGGGCCUGCUGGGCGGGGCCGGCAACAGCGGCGGCGCCGGCCUGAAGGAAGACGGCUGCGGCGGUGUGGGAUGGCGCUCGCCACCGCUCAGCUCCGACAACGUCUACUCGCCAUCACACUUUGCCCUGAUCGCCGCCUACCAGGACAUCAAGAGCCGGCUAGGCGGCCUAGAGCGCGAGAACAGCAGCAUCAAGAGGAAGCUGAAGCUCUACGAGAUUAAGUUCCCUAUGAUCAGCGAGUUUGCCGAAGACGCCAAUUCGUACUGCUCCUUUGAGAGCAAAGAGACGGCGUUGCUGCACUCGGAGAACGACAAUCUGCAGCAGAGGGUCAACAUCCUCACGCAUGAGUUGCAGAAGAGGAAGGAGCGCGAGGAGCAGCUGGAGGAUGUGAUCCAAGCCUAUGAGAAGAUCCACAUGGAGAAGAGCAACCUCCAGAGGGACCUGGACAAGAUGACGGGUUUGGUGGAGAAGCACGUGGAGCGCAUCCUGGGCCUGGAGGCGGCGCUCCGGCAACGAGACAAUUCUGUGCAUAAGCUCAACUUGCAGCUGCACAGCAAAGACAUGCAGUACCUGCAGCUGCAUGCGGGGCCCGACGCGCACAGUGAGUGUGAGCGCUCGCCGACACACACACAUACUUUUGUUCAUCUCGUUUUUGCGAAUGUCGGUGCAGUGCUGGACUGCCCAGCCAUGACGCUGCAGAGCUCGCGCAGCCUGGACACGCUGUCCGACCUGAAGGUACAGCGGCUGGAGGCCGAGCUGGAGGGGGCGCGACACGAGGUGCAGGGGGCUUGCCAGCGAGAGGAGGAGCUCAAGGCGCAGUGUCAGCGCCUCAAGGAGGAUGUGAGGCAGCUUCAGGGCGGCCAACGUGACAGGGAGAUGUCGUCGCCGUGCAAGCAGUGCGACGUGGAGUGGAUCAAGAAGGUGGGAGAUGAGCAGGUCAACCUGGCGCUGGCCUACACGGAGCUGACGGAGGAGCUGAGCCGCCUGCGAGCGCUGAGCUCCGAGCAGACGGAGAUCCUGAGGAAAGCCUCGCAAGAGCAACACAGUCCGGUCCAGCUGCACUCUCCCAUCCACCACCAGCGCCACUCGCCCGGAUCGCAGCGCCACUCGCCCAUCUCUCAGCGCCACUCGCCGGUGGCGCCGCAGCCGCCCGCGCACCACUCGCCCAUUCAGCAGCGGCGCUCGCCCGUGUUACAGCGCCUCUCGCCCGACACGCACCGCCGCUCGCCUCUGCUAGACGUGGGCGAGGCGGGCCCAGCCUCGUACUCAUGCCGCCCGGCCAGCCAGCACCUCCGCGCCAGCUUCCAGGGCCGCCGCAGCUACUCGGAAGUGACCGACCCGUCGGCCUACCAGUGCCCGCCGCGCUUCUCCCUGGACCCCGUGGCCACGCUGCCUAAGCCCCGCCCCUUCAUGGAGGCCUACUCCAAGCAGACGUCCCAGCACUCGCAGCACAGAGGGGCGUCGUCGCCCCACCAGGGUGCUGGCGGAGGAGACCACCCCAGGGAGAUGCCCUUUCCCCUGCGCUUUGAGCCGCCGCCACCGCCCUCCGCGCAGGCCGCGCCGCCGCCCCCACCACCGCAGUCCUCCGAAGAUGAGGAGGAGUGGACCUGCCCGCAUCCCAUCAGCCCGCCCAGGACGCUGGGCGUGCUCCCCACUGCCGUGCCCGGAGGCCUUAUGAGGGGUUCGGCGCCCUGCUCGGCCUUCCCUGCCCCUCGGUGUCCCAACGCCCCGGGCUGCCACCCCCAGCCCGGCUACAUAUCAGCCGAGCAUGCUCAGUCGUGGCCCUCCAUCAAUCUCUGGAUGGAGACGGAGGAGAGCGAGGUGCGGAGCUGCCCGCUGUGCCAGCUGAUGUUCCCCGUCGGUUACCCUGACGACGCCCUCAUCAAGCACAUUGACUCCCACCUCGAGAACAGCAAGAUCUGAUCGCCAUGGCGACCGGAGGACCAAUGUGAGAGGGUAGCAGGGAUUUUCUUUUAUUUUAAUUCAUUUAUUCUAAAUAAUGAAGUGGUGUUGGAACUUUUUCAGACAGUAAAUUUCCAUGGAAAUUUAAACUGAGGAUUCUUGAAAUUUUCCAAAGUGGAAACUUUCGAUGGGAAUAAACUGGAUAUUUUGUGUAGUUUUAUGAAAUUUUAUUUUUAGGAUUUUGCGACCCCUUGUGGAGAUUAGUUUAUUUUUCAGCCGAGAGUCAGCCGUAAAUUUGGUAAAUUUAUUCCUUUGAAUUUCCAUUAAUUUCCAUGGGAAGUUUCCAAUCCUACAAUCAAGCAAAAUGGCCGCUUCUUUUUUUUUUUUUUUUUCCUGGUGCACAGCUCCAUCUUUUGGAUUUCUGAGUCCCAUCCCGUGCUUUUUCUUGGGCUUUUUUGCUGGAGGUCCAAGUGGCUCUGCAUGUUGGUGUCACCGUCACAGUCCAAACUUUAAAGACGAUCCCUACAGCAUGAAAUAUGAACAUUUGUACUCAUGUUAUACCUUUUACGCUUGCGGCCUAUUUUAUUUUACUUUUUUUAAGUAUCUUAGCACUUUACGCUAGCUUUUAGCCUCUGCCGUGUGUCUGUCUCCAGGCCCCUAAUAUACAUUAUAAUAUAAUUCAUAUUGUAAAUCAGUCGAGGCAGAAAACAAACACAAUUUAUAUUUUUGCAUCACGUUUGAGCCUGGUGGAAACUCACACUGUACAGAAAAACACAGACGAGGUGCACUGGGUGUCUGCCUAAAAUAAUAAAUAAAUAAAACAGCACGAUGUCGGCCAGACCGCCCGUUUCAACAACAAACAGCAAAAAAAAAAAAAAAAACAGGAAAAACAAUGUCUGAGGAGGAGCUCCUUCUUGAUCUGCUGGCGAACUUUGAUAAGACAAACGUUCACACUGAUGUCAGCUCAUCUGAGGUUUUAUCACUCACAUGAGCACGUCCGGCCUUUUGUGUGUGUGUGUGUUUUCGUCACAACGCCGUGUCAGCAAAAAAUGAUUACAGAGGUUUAGUAACGCAUACUGGCGUGAAGAUCCCAAAGUAACCAAUUGACAUUCCUGCACUUUCUGCUGUUUGAAAAGAUUUUUUUUUUGAAAGGACUACUUUGCUGCCAUGCGCGUCGCAGACUGAUGACAUCACAACUGAUGAUACGAGCAGAAGAUUUGAGUCCCGAUGUUGUCAUACUGGCGUAGAAACAUUAAAAUUGUUAUUCAUUAUUUAAUAAUUGAAGAAAAAAAACACACGCUGAUAAACUACGAAUAAGCAUCUUCCACCCCAAAUCUUUUUUUUUUUUUUUCUCACGUUGACUCAGGAGAACUAUAAAAAGAAUGCCAAGCAGAGGAACAAUUCAUGCUUGUCCACCAUGUUUGCCCCACUCAGGAGACAAAAAGGCUUUUACUGAUUGUGAUGUUGUUUUGCAACACGACACAAUGCUGCCAGUGGAGACGUAACGAGACAUCUCGAUGUCACUUUUUUUUUUUCCUCUAUCUGUAAAUAGCCCAACCAAAUAAACUUGCACUGAAACUCG